CAGGGCCCCGUUGUGCAGAGCAGAAUGGGGGCUGUAGCCCAGGGAGCACUGGCUUCUCCCCCAACCUGUCUCCUUGCCCCUCUCUAGUGUUUCUCUCUGGAGGAAGAUGAGCUGAACCUGCACUCGGUUCCCGCCUGCAGCGAUGCCAUCCUGGAGGCCGAAGGGAUCCUGGGAACGAUGCAGAGCUACCUGGACUCCUCCGUGAUCUCUAUCAUCGAGGACUUUGGCUCCCUGACCGAGAACAAGACCUGCCUGGAUGCUCCAAACGAGCUGUCCCUGCUGACGGCCAUCACCGAGAUCCUGGACAGCACGGACGACGAGACCCUGUCUCCGUUUGACACCACCCUGGACUCCGAAUUGCUGGCACUGCCCCGGGAACGCGAGAGUUCUUCGUUUCAGAAGUUUCUCAGCUUGUCCCGGGCCUCCCCUGAGCGCAGCGUUCCUGCCCUAGACGAUCCGUGGGGCCUCAGCAGCCCAGCCGCCAUCGGCAAGGUGGAGACGAGCCCCAUGGAUCUGCCGUGGAACCGUCCACUGAGCUGCCUUGAAGAGCCGGCAGCGCCCAAGCCGCGGCCCAGCAGAGCGCCCCGAGUGGAGCGGAAGCUCCCCAGGCCCCAGCCCCUCCCACAGCGCAGCGAUGGGGAGGAGGAGGAGGACACUGCUAGCCCUGGGCAGCACGGCGGCGUGGCAGCAACAGGGGGUCUGCGGGAGAGCCCCAUGGAUUUGUGCGCCGAGGCUGGGGAGGAGGAGGCGGCGUGGCUGGAAGACACUGACAUUCCCUGCAUCAUUAGCACGGGGGCCGGGUCCCUCAGCGAGCUGGUGAAGUCCAUGCACCCGUACUGCCUGCCCACGCUCACCGUGUGCCUGGACCCUGCCAGCGAGCCGGUGGCGAAAGAGUUCUUAUCCGGCCCGCUCCUGCUGGAGAUUGUGCCGGGCGAAGGCGAGAGCCUGGAGAUCCCCGUGGUCCUGCAGCUCCCAGCUGAAGGGGAGGGAGCCAGCGGUGGUGCCCUGGAGCCGUUGCUGCCAGUGGGAAUGCCUGCCCAGGGGCGCGAGACUGGGGGCCCCGUCAGGGCCCCCCAAGAGGAGCCUCCCAGCCCGACCCAGGCGAGAGAGUCCCCCCGGGGGGUUGACCCCGAAGCGAAGGACGAGGUGAGGCAAAGAGACCAGGAUCUGGAGGGCAGCUCCCGGCACAGCACGGAGGCACCAGUGGGCGGGAAGCGCCAGGGCACCGAGAAGGGCCGAGGGCGCGAGAGGGCCAGGAAAAGCCGGAAAAAGAAGAGGGAGGAAUCGCAGAAGGGCCAGGCCAAGCCAGAUGGGGACUGGGUGGUGCGCAGGCUCCGCUCCACGUCCACGGUGCAGCCCCCAGCCCCCGAGCGCUCCCCCAGCUGGGCAGCCCGGCCCUCCGUGCAAGUGUCCACCUUCCUGGAAAAGCAGCUGGAGCAGGCCAAGAAGGAAGGGCAGAUGGAGCUGCGGUCGGCCAGAGGGAGGCCUAGGGCAGCGGCAGCCGGGGGCGCCCUGCAGAGGAAGGGGCGCCCUGCGGUGCAGAAGCAGCUGGAGGCGGAGAAGCCCAACACGCAGCCAGCUGGGCAGAGUGCCGAGACCCCCGGGCCUUCGGAGCGGGCCGUGCCCAGCCCCGGCGAGCAGGGAGAGGGAGCUCCUGGGUGCAGUGAGGGGAGCCAGCCUGCCCCCCGCGAAGGGAGCACCCCCCCGCCCCGGGACCUCAGUGCUGAGGGGGAGGCUCCCCGGAGCCCGCAGGAAGCGGAGUGGGCGGGGGCCGAGGCUGCCGGCUGGCCGUCCAAGCCCAAGGCGCUCAGCCUGACCGAGUACCGGCUGCGGAUGCUGCGCCGCCAGCCCAGCGGGGCCGAUGGGAAGGAGGGGGAGAAGCAGGCAGCAAGCAAGUGGCCCAGCGUCCCCGAGCCCCCCACGGAGCUGGCCGAGAUCCCGUGCCUAAUGGCGCCCGUCCGCCCCCCGCCCUCGCAGCCUGCCCAGCCCGUGGAGACGCCCAGCUCCCAGAGGGGCCCGGAGACACCUGCCAGCCCCCCUGCCACCCCUCCUCUGGCCAGAAAGGCACCUGCGGGGCCCCCCCAGCCCGGGCCGGCUCCAGUGCCCCCGGGGCUACAGCUGCCUGUCCCCCCGCCGGCCCUGGGGGCUGCUGGUGCAGUGAUGCCGCUGGCCUCCCCUGCACCCUAUGGCCUCUACCCACCGGUGCCUUCCUGGCCUUGCUUUGGGCCUCUGCCUGCUGGCUACCCCAGUCUGCCUCCGCCGCCGGCCGCUGGCGGGUCACCCAAUGCCUUUCACCUGGUGCCUGGCCUGCCCCCGCCAGCCGUGGCCUGGCCCCCCCCUGCCCUGCCACCUCCUCCCUUCGGCCCAGGCGCGCCGUGUGCCCCCGUGGGCUGGCCCCUGGGCCUCCAGCCGCCCUACUGGCCCGGGGUCCCCCUGCCGCCUGCCAUGGUGUACAGCGAUCCAGGGGCAAACCCCUUCCCAGGUAGCCCAGCCGCCCUGGCACCGAGCUGCCAAGAGCCCUCAGCUUUCACCGCGCAGCCAACGAAGCCAGUGCUGGCCAGCCAGGCCACCGCUGCUGCCAAGCACGAGGUGCCAGCCCAGCCCCCGCAGCGCGGUGCACAGCCCUCCGGCCGGGCAUCUGAUCCCAGGAGGCAGAGCCGGCCCGUGGGGGAGCCCCCUGCCCCCCAGCCUGUAGGGCAGCCCCCUAUUGCCACCGCCCGGACUGUGGGGGAGUCAACCGCUGCCUGGCCUGUGGGGCAGCCCCCUGCCCAGCCCACGAGGGAGCCCCCUGCCCCCUGGCCUGUGGGGAAGUCGUUUGCUGCCCAGCCCCCUAUUGUCACCGCCAGGCCCAUGGGGGAGUCUGUUUCUGCUGCUGCCCCUCGGCCCGUGGGGGAGUCAACUGCUGCCCAGCCCACGAGGGAGCCCCCUGCCCAAUCUAUAAGGCAGCCCCCUGCCCCACAGCCCACGGGGCAGCCCCCUGCCCCACAGCCCGCGGGGCAGCCCCCUGAUACCUGCCUCAGGGCAGAGGCUGCAGCUCCAGCAAAGGUCCCAGUGCCCAGCCUGCUGGAGGGGGCCCCACCAGACCCCAAGGGCGCUGUCCUGCAAGAGCCCCGGCCGCCUGGGUGCACGUCCUUCCCCGGGAAAGCAGGGGCACUGCUGAGAGCGCGUGAGGAGAGCCAGCCCGCCAAGCCAGCCCCUGCCCGGCCAUGGAGACACCGGCCCCUCGUCGGCCCGGCCCAGCCUGGCGCCAGCAAGGACAUCGUGCAGGCCUUCAUCAGUGAAAUCGGAAUCGAAGCCUCCGACCUGUCCAGCCUGCUGGAGCAGUUCGAGAAGACUGAAGCCACGAAGGAGGAGCUGCACAUGCGACGCCCUAGAGACAGGCUGGCGCCGGGGAAUGCUGGCAGGUCGGAGAGCCACCAGGACAAGAACGCGCCAGACAGCCUGCAUGCUCCGGAGCUGGCCAACGUCGCCGGCCUCACCCCGCCGGCAACGCCGCCCCACCAGCUCUGGAAGCCCCUGGCUGCCGUCUCGCUGCUGGGGAAGCCUGGGGCCGCCCCCCAGGAGGGCAGCCAGAGAACUGCCAAGUUCAUGGAGGCCAAGCCGCUGCCCCAGAGCAAACCUCGGGGGAAGGGCCAGCCCCCCACGACCUGCAGCCCACCCCCCAGCCAUGUGGGCUCCGGUGACCAUGACUACUGCAUCCGUGGCCCUGCCCAGCCAGAGGAGGGCGCCAGGCUCCCUGGCACAUCGGCCCCGUCGGAGCUGGGCUCCCGCUGGAACGUGAAGCAUCACCAGGAUAUCACCAUCAAGCCGCCUUCCUCCCUCCCCACACGGACGCUGGCCUGGCCCGGGCUCAGCCCCCAGCCUGGCGCUGCCCCUGGCUCCAGCGAGCAGCUGGAUCACCGGACUAGUGCCCAAAGCCAGGCUGCCGCUGACAGGAGCAGCCCCCCCCCCUCGGUCCUGCUGUCUCCGGACGCGUCCCCCUGCCGGGACGAGGAGCCACGGACUCGGGACCCGCAGCCGAAGCAGCUGGCUGCCAAGAGGUCCCUGCGCUGCUACCGGAGACGUGGGGCCUCGCCAAGCCCCCGGGCCCGCGCCAGCCGCUCUUUCAGCUCCACGUCCAGCGGGGCCAGCGCCUCCUCGUCUUCCUCCUCCUCCCGGUCUCGGUCCCGGUCUCGGUCCCGGUCGCUGUCUCCCCCACCAAAGCGGUGGCGAAGGUAUCGCUCCAGACGCUCUCGUAGCUCCCACUCCUCCUCCCGCUCUAGCUGUGGGUCGUGCGGCCGGUCCCGGGGGAGGUCGUCGUCGUCGUCGUCCUCGUCCUCGUCCUCGUCCUCGUCCUACUCGUCCAGAUCCUCCUCGGCUUCCCGCAGCCGCUCCCGCUCCCCGUCCCCCCGCAGGAGGAGUAACCGGAGGAGAAGAUACGAUUCCUGCGACCCUCCGGAUCGCUGCCAGCACCAGAAGGUCCUCCACAAGGAACGUGCAAUAGGCCGGCCCCUCCCACACCAGGGCCCAGAGCGGAGCCCCCCCAGGCAGAGAAAGGGGACGCCCUAUGAGGAGAGGAGAGUCGUCUUCAUCGGCAAGAUCCCCAGCAGGAUGACGCGGGCAGAGCUCCGGCACCGCUUCUCCGUGUUCGGGGACAUCGAGGAGUGCACCCUCCACUUCCGGGCUGAGGGGGACAACUAUGGCUUCGUCACCUACCGCUACGCCAAGGAGGCCUUCGCCGCCAUCGAGAGUGGCCACAAGCUGCGGCGCCCCGACGAGCAGCCCUUCGACCUGUGCUUCGGGGGGCGGCGCCAGUUCUGCAGGAGGAACUACGCGGACCUGGAUUCCAACCGGGAAGAUUUCGACCCUGCCCCCAUCAAGAGCAAGUUCGACUCCCUCGACUUCGACACCUUAUUGAAGCAGGCGCAGCGCAAGCUGCGGAGGUAGCGCUGGGCCCGUGGCGGCUCUGGGAGGUGCCAGCCGGCGCCCCGGCCUGGCUGCAGCCCAGUAGGGCUUUGCAGAGAAACGAAAAAGACAAAAAAAAGUGUCAAACCAGAUUUUUUAAACAAUUUGUUUUUAUAACAAAUAUUUAAGGGCGAUGAAUUGUCUCUGUUAACUGAGGGGCUGCCCCAGCCCAGUCACUCCAGUUAAUAAACCCGGCU